GCCACCUGGUGGCUCUUCAAAACGACAGACAGGCAAUUUAAUACAUGUAGAGCAGGUGAUUGAGAGUUUAAAACAUCUAAAUCACCUCACCUUACCACCACAAUGUGAAGUGUUUGUGAAAUGGAAAUGUCUCUGGAAACUGCUUGAUGACUGUAGAUGCAGUCUGUUAUUGCCUUGCAGGACUGAGGCUGCUUUGGGUCCAGUCUGGGUGAUGGCUGACAUUCUAGAGCUCAGGACUGAUGGGAACUCUCUGCUGAAGGCAGUGUGGCUCCACCGUUUGCGCCUUACAAGGCUUCUGCUGGAGGGUGGAGCCUACAUCAAUGAAAGCAACGACCGUGGAGAAACGCCACUCAUGGUGGCCUGCAUGUCCAAACACUCUGACCAGCAGAGUGUCAGCAAGGCUAAGAUGGUCAAGUACCUACUGGACAACAAAGCUGACCCUAAUAUCCAAGACAAAGCUGGAAGAACAGUGCUCAUGCAUGCAUGCAGCCACAGGGCAGGGAAUGAGGUGGUGUCUCUUCUUCUGUCCAACGGUGCUGAUCCAAGCCUGGAGGACCGUUGCGGAUCCUCUGCCUUAGUCUACGCUGUUAACGCAGAUGAUAAAGAAACACUAAAAGUCCUUCUGGAUGCCUGCAAAGCAAAAGGCAAGGAGGUCAUCAUCAUUACCACUGACAAAUCCCUGUCUGGAACUAAAACCAAGCAGUACCUGAAUGUUCCUCCAUCGCCUGAGUUGGAUGAGAGAACCCCUCCUGCACUAUGUGCCUCACCUUCAGAGAUAGAUCUUCACACAUCACCAUCUCCCAGCAAAGAAGAGGAGAAAGACACUGUAUUCACUUUUCAAACCAUGUUUAAGUCAAGCUCAAACACAGCAGCCAAACUAACCAAUGGACUUACUUCUCCAAAUAAGAGGCCGGUAAACCCCAAAAGGGCUCGUCUUCCCCAGCUGAAGCGACUACAGUCAGAGCCUUGGGGUCUGAUUGCCCCCUCUGUGUUGGCAGCAGCCAAUGAGGAGAGCAAGAGAGCCAACUCUGAUGAAGAUGUUGUUGCAGGUGUUGAUGGACUGAGCCUGUCCAAAAGAGGCACUUUGUCCCGGCAUAAUAGUGUGGAUGGAAAAUACAUACUGUUUCCAAUGGUAGGGGAUCAGACUUCAAAAAUCUCCCAAACUUCGUCUCUUCCUCUAUCUUCCAAAGCAUCCUAUGAAAGAUCUCUAGCACAGCACCAACAACUGGCACGACGUAGCACGGUCCCCGCUGAGCAGGAGGGCUCUGAAGCAAACUUUGGGCCAGCUAGCCUCAGAGAUACUGUGCACCGGAGGAGAUUGGGGAAUGAACACUACGAGUCAGACUCCCAGCUGUACUCAGAUUCCAGCAUGCUAGACUCACCUAAGGCACCGAUGGAGAGAAGAAAGCUAAAUACAUCCCCUCUUGCUCUGCUCACAGGCUCAAGAGAGUCAUUGGACAGCAAUCCCAGUACCUCUUCUCCUUGCACAGCCAGAUGCAAACCACAUGGUCUAUUGGAGCGGCGUGGCUCUGGAACGCUCUUGCUGGACUACAUAUCCCACACCCGCCCAGGCCACCUGCCUCCGCUAAAUGUCAACCCUAACCCUCCUAUUCCAGAUAUAGGGGCCAGCAGCAAGCCCUCAUCCCCACUUGCAGCUGGACUCAGAUCAAUAGCUCCCAUAGCACCAAACUCGCCAAAGAGAGGCAACCUCAGGACAAAGAAAAAGCUUGUGAGAAGGCACUCUAUGCAAGUGGAACAGAUGAAGCAGCUUUCAGACUUUGAAGAGCUUAACCAUCAAUCAUGA